AUGGACAGAGUGCCCCAAGGACCAGAGUGCCCCAAGGACCAGAGUGCCCUAAGGACAGAGUGCUCCAAGGACAGAGUGCCCCAAGGACAGAGUGUUCCCCAAGGACAGAGUGUCUCUAGGACAGAGGGCUCCAAGGACAAAGUGUUCUCAAGGACAGAGUGUUCCCCAAGGACAGAGUGUUCCCCAAGGACAGAGUGCCCCCAAGGACAGAGUGUCUUAAGGACAGAGUGCCUCAGGACAGAGUGCCCCAAGGACAGAGUGCCCCAAGGACAGAGUGUUCCGCAGACAUAUUGCCCCAAGGACAGAGUGUUCCCCAAGGACAGAGUGCACCAAGGACAGAGUGCCCAAAGGACAGAGUGUGCCCCAGAAACAGAGUUUGCCUCAAGGACAGAGUGCCCCGAGGACAGAGUGUGCCCCAAGGACAGAGUGCCCCAAGGCUCUGUGCCCCAAGGACAGAGUGCCCCAAGGAAAGAGUGUGCCCCAAGGACAGAGUGCCCCAAGGACAGAGUGCCCCAAGGACAGAGUGCCCCAAGGAAAGAGUGUGCCCCAAGGACAGAGUGCCCCAGGGACAGAGUGUGCCCCAAGGACAGAGUGCCCCCAAGGGCAGAGUGCCCCAAGGACAGAGUGUGCCCCAAGGACAAAGUGUGCCCCAAAGACAGAGUGUGCCCCAAGGACAGAGUGCCCCCAAGGGCAGAGUGCCCCAAGGACAGAGUGUGCCCCAAGGACAAAGUGUGCCCCAAAGACAGAGUGUGCCCCAAGGACAGAGUGCCCCAAGGACAGAGUGCCCCAAGGACAGAGUGCCCCAAGGACAGAGUGCCCCAAGGACAGAGUGCCCCAAGGACAGAGUGUGCCCCAAGGACAGAGUGUGCCCCAAGGACAGAGUGCCCCAAGGACAGAGUGCCCCAAGGACAGAGUGCCCCAAGGACAGAGUGCCCCAAGGACAGAGUGUGCCCCAAGGACAGAGUGUGCCCCAAGGACAGAGUGCCCCAAGGACAGAGUGCCCCAAGGACAGAGUGCCCCAAGGACAGAGUGCCCCAAGGACAGAGUGCCCCAAGGACAGAGUGUGCCCCAAGGACAGAGUGCCCCAAGGACAGAGUGCCUCAAGGACAUAGUGUGCCCCAAGGACACAGUGCCUCAAGGGCAGAGUGUGCCCCAAGGAUAGAGUGCCCCAAGGACAGAGUGCCCCAAGGACAGAGUGUGCCCCAAGGACAGAGUGCCCCAAGGAUAGAGUGCCCCAAGGACAGAGUGCCCCAAGGACAUAGUGUGCCCCAAGGACACAGUGCCCCAAGGACAGAGUGCCUCAAGGACAUAGUGUGCCCCAAGGACACAGUGCCCCAAGGACAGAGUGCCCCAAGGACACAGUGCCCCAAGGACAUAGUGACAGAGUGCCCCAAGGACAGAGUGUGCCCCAAGGACAGAGUGCCCCAAGAACAGAGUGCCCCAAGGACAGAGUGUGCCCCAAGGACAGAGUGCCCCAAGAACAGAGUGCCCCAAGGACAGAGUGUGCCCCAAGGACAGAGUGCCCCCAAGGACAGAGUGCCCCAAGGACAGAGUUCCCCAAGGACAGAGUGUGCCCCAAGAACAGAGUGCCCCAAGGACAGAGUGUGCCCCAAGGACAGAGUUCCCCAAGGACAGAGUGUGCCCCAAGGACAGAGUGCCCCAAGGACAGAGUGUGCCCCAAGGACAGAGUGCCCCAAGAACAGAGUGCCCCAAGGACAGAGUGUGCCCCAAGGACAGAGUGCCCUAAGGACAGAGUGUGCCCCAAGGACAGAGUGCCCCAAGGACAGAGUGCCCCAAAGACAGAGUUCCCCAAGGACAGAGUGUGCCCCAAGGACAGAGUGUGCCCCAAGGACAGAGUGCCCUAAGGACAGAGUGUGCCCCAAGGACAGAGUGCCCCAAGGACAGAGUUCCCCAAGGACAGAGUGUGCCCCAAGGACAGAGUGUGCCCCAAGGACAGAGUGUGCCCCAAGGACAGAGUGCCCCAAGAACAGAGUGCCCCAAGGACAGAGUGUGCCCCAAAGACAGAGUGCCCCAAGGACAGAGUGUGCCCCAAAGACAGAGUGUGCCCCAAGGACAGAGUGUGCCCCAAGGACAGAGUGCCCUAAGGACAGAGUGUGCCCCAAAGACAGAGUGUGCCCCAAGGACAGAGUGCCCCAAGAACAGAGUGCCCCAAGGACAGAGUGUGCCCCAAGGACAGAGUGUGCCCCAAGGACAGAGUGUGCCCCAAGAACAGAGUGCCCCAAGGACAGAGUGUGCCCCAAAGACAGAGUGUGCCCCAAGGACAGAGUGCCCCAAGAACAGAGUGCCCCAACGCUCUGUCUUGGGGCCUAUGUUGAUCACAAUAU